CAAGAAACCGAAGCACCCCCCUCAUGAGCAGCGAGAUGUUGCUGCUGAGGACUCCUCUGAUGUCGAUGACACCAAGAAGCACAAGAAACCGAAGCACCCCCCUCAUGAGCAGCGAGAUGUUGCUGCUGAGGACUCCUCUGAUGUCGAAGACACCAAGAAGCACAAGAAGCACAGGCACCCUCCCGGUAUUGGGCGCCGAGAUGUUAUUGCCGAAAACUCCUCUGAUGUCGAAGACCACAAGAAGCCCAAGAAACCGAAGCACCCCCCUCAUGAGCAGCGAGAUGUUGUUGCUGAGGACUCCUCUGAUGUCGAUGACCACAAGAAGCACAAGAAACCGAAGCACCCCCCUCAUGAGCAGCGAGAUGUUGUUGCUGAGGACUCUUCUGAUGUCGAUGACCACAAGAAGCACAAGAAACCGAAGCACCCUCCUCCCGCUCAUGGGCAGCGAGAUGUUGCUGCUGAGGACUCCUCUGAUGUCGAAGAUGGCAAGAAGCACCCGAAGCACCCAGGUCAUGGGCACAUUCCUGAUGUCCCUGCUUAAAUCACCGGAGUGCUCGAGCUAGCUUAACGAAUAUAAGAGUCCAGACCUAAGGUUACGAGUCUCGGACGUGUCUUGGCUAGAUUGACUUAGAUGAUUUGAUUCACCGUUAAUCACAAGCCUUUUACAUGCC